UCAGGCACGACAUCACUUGAUUUCACGAGCAGCAGCGAUUUCGAUCUGCGGAAAAAACAACAUAAUUGCGUGGGAAUUGCACAGAAAAGGGAAUUCAGAUUAGAUUGUCACAAUGGCUUCCAGAGGCUCGGCUUGUCUCGUAGAGGCCAUGGCGGCGCUCAGAGUAUCACAGCCGAGAGCCAUCUCAAAGGCAUUUACGCGAUCAAUGGCCACCGAAACCCCGGCCAAAUCUACCACACAGCACGACAUUACCAGAUCGUGGAACCCUCACACAACCGUCCCCCUCACCAUCCACAGCUUCCCCUCCCUCGAGCCGACAGCACAGGAGCAGUGGUCCGUCCAGCACCUCUACCUCCCGCUCCGCCGCGACCUCCUCCACCUCGCCGUCGUUUUCGAGGGCGACAACACGCGAUCCGGUACUGCCUCCGUCAAGACCCGCUACGAAGUCCACGGUUCUCACCGCAAGAUUCGCCCGCAAAAGGGCAGCGGCCGCGCUCGCCAAGGCACGCGACAGAGUCCCCUGAUCCGCGGUGGUGGCAAGACCUUUGGUCCUCAGCCCCGCGACUUUGGCACCAAGCUCAACCGCAAAGUAUACGACAAGGCAUGGCGCACUGCCCUCAGCUACAGAUACCGACGAGGCGAGCUGAUUGUCUGCGAAGAUGGCAUGGAGCUGCCCUACCCCGAAGACUUUACUGCCCUCGAGGCCGAGCACAUGCAGGACGGUCUGCGUGAGGCCUAUCUCGCCAAGUACACUACUGGAGUCCUCAACACUCUGGGCCUUGGCCGCGCCGAUGGCCGCUCGCUCUUUGUCACCGGCGGCCGCAGUGACAAGCUGUAUGAGAGUCUGGAGCAGGUGCCGUGGGAGGCCCGCGCGCUGGAGAUGUGGGAUGUCGACGUCAAGGACCUGCUCGAGACGGGCAAGGUUGUCAUGGAGAAGAGCGUCCUCAAGGAGAUGAUUGAGCAGCACCAAAGCGAUUUGGUUACGCGCGUCUUUGUCAAUGGCGCCGGACCCCAGGCGCCGGAGCUGGGCAAGCAGACGCUGUAAUUCAUAAACUGUCCUCUACAAACCUAUAUAGGAGCGGUUAACACCCAUUGUAAAUUACUACUAGACACCAAAAUGUAUUAUUCCUUCUUCCUUUGUUUCCACUUCUUUUCUUACCAACACUAUGAAUCCUGUGCAUAUUGUGGAUGAAAUACAACAAUGUCUAUUACGUUUUAGUAUUAUAAACAGCCGUUAUACAAGAAAGGGCCACAAGAGGGAGAAAAUUACAUAUAAUAUACACAUCAACACCUAAUUUUACAAUGCACCACCAACAGCAGAUACAAUCCACAUGGCAAUGCGCACUUUGAGCCCAACACGGCGCUCAUUUCUCGCAAAGUCGUCCCUCGUCAUAGCACUAGCAUGCUCCUGGAGCCACUGCUGCUCAUUGGCAAGGCUCUUCUUCAGCCCGUCGUUCUCCGUGACAAUCAGCGCGCCAACCUCCAGAUCGUGCGAGUAGCUGCGCUUGGUAUAGUUGGAGCUGCCAAUGAUGCUCAGUGAGGGCCCGCUGUCGCCAGGCAUCGUCACCCAGAGGCCCUUGGCGUGGUACGUCCAGCCGCCAGGCUGUCCGACAACACCGUACUUCCACUCCUUGAGAGUAAUGGCAUCGGCGCGGCCGUUGUGGUGGACGCCGUGGACAAACUUGCGCGCAAGAAGCGUGUAUGCAUCGGGCAGAAGACCAGAUACGCCAGGGGAUUUGUAGAACCCGUUAGCCUCGGGCGACGCGGUAAUGACGACGUUGUUGGUGGAUGCCGAGUUGAGUAGCAGCUUCGUCAGGGAGGGCGCAGGGUUAAAGUAUCCCGCGGUAAAUGUCCACGAUGAGUUCUUGUACGCCGGCUCAGCAAGGCGGGUUAGGAUGCUCGUGACGGCGGGCAGCUCGGUGGACGAGUCGGGCUUGAUGAUCUGCGACAUUUGGCCCAGGAGAUAGACUCGUGUGUCGGAGAACGGCUUUGGCUGCGCAGACUGUGCUCCUGUAAGUAGCGGCGUGAGGGUCGCCGUGGCGCCUUUGAUGAAGGAUUGCGGGCUUUCCAGCGGCGACGGUGCCGAGUUUGUCGCGGGCCAGUCAAGCGUAAACCCAGCAGGCUCGUCAGAAGGCUUAACAAGGAAACUGAGUGAGCCGGCGCCGUUGUGGAUGUUGCAAAAGUGGUCGGUGACCUCCUUGGACGAGAACAAGUGGUAGCGGUCCUGGCGGUUGGUGAAGUAGUCAGUGGAGAGAUUGGCACUGGACA